AGCACGUUUACUCCGGUUGGUGGAAGGAGGAAAAUCAGCAAAUCCCCACUCAAUCAUAUUUUCUGUUUCUACGCUUUCACACAUGUAUGCGCAGAUGGAUUUAAACGUCACGCUCUCGGAGCGCAAUUUGGUGAGCUGGGGCGCGUUGGCGCAGGGACUCCUCCGCAAUAACUCACUGUCUCCAUUUGAUAACAGCUCCGCCGCAAAAACAGACGAUGAAGACUUGGAGGUCAACACGGACGUUUACUCCAAGGUGUUAGUCACUGUCAUCUACGUGGCUCUUUUCGCCGUGGGCUCCCUGGGGAACUCCAUCACCCUGUACACGCUGCUGACCAAGAAGACCCUGCAGAACCUCCAGAGCACCGUGCACUACCACCUGGCUAGCCUCGCCGUGUCCGACCUGCUGAUCCUCGUCCUCUCCAUGCCCAUCGAGCUCUACAACUUCAUCUGGUUCCACCACCCGUGGGUGUUCGGGGACGCAGUGUGCAGGGGCUACUACUUCCUCCGGGACAGCUGCUCUUACGCCACCGCGCUAAAUAUCGCCAGCCUGAGCGUGGAGCGCUACAUGGCCAUCUGCCACCCGUUCAAAGCAAAGAGCAUAAUGUCCCGUAGCCGCACCAAGAAGCUCAUCAGCGCCAUGUGGCUCGCGUCCUUUGCGCUCGCCACGCCGAUGCUCUUCACCAUGGGCCAGAAGAUGCGCAAUGGCGAGAAGAUAUGCACCGCAACCGUCUCCCUUGUCACCAUGAAGACUGUUCUUCAGGUAAACGCAUUCCUGUCCUUUCUGGUACCCAUGGUGGCCAUAUCUGUGCUGAACGGGGUCAUAGCCAAUCAGCUGCUGCGGAUGUUCCGAGAGGCAGAGCAAGACAAUCGUGUCUGCAUCAUUGGGGGAAAUUCCACCAUGCUGAAUGUUACAGUGGAGCCAAAUCGUGCUCAGUCGCUUCGCCACGGAGUCCUUGUUCUCCGAGCGGUGGUCAUAGCCUUCGUGGUCUGCUGGCUGCCCUAUCACGCCCGCCGCCUCAUGUUUUGCUACGUAUCUGACUGGUCUGAUGAUUUGUUUGACUUCUACCACUAUUUCUACAUGCUGACUAAUGCCCUAUUCUACGUCAGCUCGGCCAUCAACCCCAUCCUCUAUAACCUGGUGUCAGCCACCUACCGCCAGAUCUUCUUCUCCACACUCCGCUACUUCUGCAUGCCCUGCCGACAUACGCCCAGGAGGCACCCCCACCCCCUGACCCGCCACUCCAUUAGCAUAUCCAGCAAUCACACCCUCUCCACCAACAUCAUCAAAGAGACUGCAUACUGAGUGGGCUGCAGCGGAACACAGCUGCUUCAUGAUGACUGGAUCCAACUUCCCCAAAGAAAACCCUGGUGCAGGGUUGGAAUUGUGCAUAGGCGAAUCCAGUCCUGGGGCGAUGUGGUGUCAAGAGUCCACACUAAGGCCACUGUGAUUUAAUAUAAGACUUAAUUUCAGACACAUUUUAUCAUGAGUUUAUGUGUAUCUUUAUUGAGCAUAACAGGAGUUUGUUAAAUUACGGGGGGAAAAAACAAAACUACGCAAUGCAAGAAUGCCAAAAGGAAGGCAGGGAGAAAUAUACAGAGGAAAUCCUUGAAAUGAAAUUGCUAUACAUAUACGUUUUAUACAAUAUGUUUCUUUAUGUUAAUGUUUUAUUGGAACACUAUAAGUGACUCUACAAUCCCCACACAAUCACACAUGCUUACCUGGAAAGUAAUGUUGGGCCUGUGAAGGAAGCAGGACUUUACCAGCCACAGAGCCACUGCUCUAAUGCUUUCCCACCAUCUGCUGCUGCUGCUUGACAAAUCAGUGGCAGGCAGAGAUAUGGGGACUCCAACUUUUCCAUUAGGAGGAACACAGGCAUGUGAAACAAUCUGGCCUCUUAUUUAGCUAAGGCACAGAAAGAUUACUAUGGGGGAAUAGACAAAGGCAAUUGCUAUUACCAUGGGCCAGCAACAGCAUUUUGAAAUGGGUAGGACAGGAUGCUUUGAUUAUAUAUAUAUAUAUAUAUAUAUAUAUAUAUAUAUAUAUAUAUAUAUAUAUAUAUAUAUAUAUAUAUAUAUAUACACACAAUAUAAUGGUCUUAUUUCAGAAUGAAAUUUGGACCUGAAGUACAUUCUACAAAUUAUUACUAGCCCAGUGUAUCAGCCCUACGAAUUUAUCCUGAUUCUGCACCUCCUGAUUUCUGGUUAGUGCCAUUUAUUCCUUUUUAUAUGAUGAGGCAGAAAGUAAGUGUGUAGAAAGGCCACGGCCCUAACAAAUAAAGUUUUACAUCCAAAUGUGUCCAGAUGAAAAGCCAGAUAUGAGAGAGAGGAGGGAGAUCAGCAGAUUGAUCAGCGUACACCGCUGGACAUUCUUUGCUCAAAGGCAUAAUGGUGCUGUGUAAAGUGUGAUGUAAAAAAAAGAGACUGCCAAACACAAGUCCAGCUGCCACGAGGUGUGCUUUAUUGUCAGACCAUCAAUGUUCCGUGUAAUGUUCAGUAAUUUCGUUCUCUCACAUUUUUUAACAAUCACCUCAGCUGAAGCAUACUGUCGCCUUACCUGUAACCAUACCUCAACCAGAGUUUAUUUGCCAUAUUGAUCAUGAUCAUGAUCCAUCACCUUAAACAUAUCAUGGUGGCUAUUUGCAGACAUUGCUGUCUGAAUAAAUUAUCUGAAUUUUAAAAAAGUUGUAAUUGAACUUUUGAACAGAACCGUCCAAUACCGACCAAUGUGUUGCAAUAGGUUUGGCUGCAUACAUGCAUCUGUAGCCCUAUUAUUGCACUGCUAUGUCCACAGCAUUUUUGACUGUAUUAAUUACAUACUUGAGCCACUGUUCAAGGAAAAAUAAACCUCAUACACAGAAUAAUUGUACUCACGAGCAGGAUCUACUAUCAUAACAAAUGUGAUUUUUUUUCACGUAACGUCCUACCCACGUUUAUCAAAAUUACCCUAGGCCCACUGGGAAAGUCUUUUUGAACAUUGGUCAUCAUAAUCAUAUCACUUGAAAUCAGUCAAGCUUUCCUCUGUAGAGAGUUGACAGGUGGCUUGUGUUAUCAGUAUUGGUGUUUACAGUAUGUAGAGUCUGAGGGUCAUGCUUUCUCCAUAUGUUCCCCAAGUACUUAUAACUCAAAAUUUACGUCACUUGUAUAUAUGCUUCUGUUUUACUACAAACAAUAUUAUACAAUGCAAACAGGUGGGAUCAAUUAAUUUACAGAAAUUGACCAUUUUAUCAACAAUAGAUUGUUUUCUCUGUUGGUCAGAGAACCAAGGCUGUCACUUCAUUUAGAAAAGAGAAGCACUGAUCACAAAUGGAAAUCAAUGGAUUUCAUUAUGACAAGCUGUAAAAUAUUAUACAGUAGCUGAAUCAUUGUAUCAUUCAAUGUUUGCACUGCUUAUGUUUCUGAAGUGCUACAUUUACAUAUGUUUUUCUGUUUGCCAAGUUAGACACCAAAAAUUGUGUUGAUGCAUCAUGAUUGUAGUCAGACGAAGAGUAUUGUUAGUUGAUCAUAACCAUCACAAUAGCUUUUAAUGUUCCUAGUUUGCUGCUUCCAUUUACCAAUUAGCAUUUAAAAACAAAGUUGGUUAGGUCCUUAACCAAAGUAAUGGACAAAAUGAAAAUUUGACCUGAUGAUGGCGUUAGAUGAGAAUUAAGGGGAUCACCAGAGUUAUGCAAAUGUCUCUACAAUUCCUCAUGGCGAUCAUGCAGGCAGUUGUUCACAUAUUUCAGUCUGGAAGUGGUGGAAAUCCAUGGAGCCAGCUCAGAGUAUUAAUGAUAAUGGGGAAAAAUAAAUACCUAAAAUACUAGUUGUUCUAAAAUAUCAGUGACAAAUUUGCUUCUGUUUAUUCAUCAUUUAGUUAACAGUAACCUUUGUCAACUCAAUCGUUUGUUAUACUGUAAUAGAAACUUGACACUCCUGCCACCAUCUCAGUGCACAUCGCUACAUAUACAGCAGUAAAUCACCAAAAAAAGCUCAACGUCUAUGUAUGAUUUUAAUUCUGCCAUGACUUGUCAUUUUUAA